AUGAGUGCUAAUGCAAGUGUGGAAGAGUUAGUUUUAGGAAUUAGUGGCAGUACAUCGUUUAUUCCUAUGCGUCAAAGACAGAGAAAAGAAGGUGCGGCUAUCCAAGAUGCAGUAAAUGAGGUUGAUCCAUUAGACUGGCCAUCUACUGAAGGUAAUCUCAUUAAUGAAUUUAAAACAGAUGGUUUAGCUACUAUGGCCUUUCCUACAUUGUUUCCUUAUGGGAAGGGUGACCCAACAAAUAGGGCAAGACAACAUGGUAUAACGUUAACCGAAGCAUUCAAACAUUUAAUGAAGUUUGCAGAGAGGCUUGCAGAUGGUAAGUUUGAAUGUUUCGGUUUCCUUAUUGGGCGUUAAACAUGAAACAACGACAUCAGCUCUUGUCACAAGCAAACGUUUACUUGCGUCAACAUCCAUGAUGCAAACAUGACAAUGGAAGAACUGAAACAGAUGGUCAAUUCCAUGAGUGCAAAUCAAAUGGUAAAUAGGUUGCAGUGCUAUGUGUCCAAAGUACAAGGUACGAAUCAGUAUUGGUAUUAGCGGCUGCAGGAAUUGCUGACCCUGAUUGAACAAAAAGGCUGCCCUACUUUUUUCUUUACCUUUAGUGCAGCUGACAUGCAUUGGCCAGACUUACAGAGGCUGUUGCAGAAUGAUGAAGGUGCAAGCAGAUCUGAGCGAGCACAAGCUGUAAUCGACAAUCCCCAUCUGACUGAUUGGUUCUUUAUGCAGCGGCUGCAGGAGUUUGUCAGACAUUGGCUUAAUGGCGUCUUGGAUGCUGAGUGGCACUGGUAUCGUUUUGAGUACCAAGCUAGGGGAAGUAUUCAUUGCCACGGAUGUGCAAAGUUUAAAAAUGACCCUGAUAUAAGAGAAUUACAUAAUAAGGCAUGUGUUGCUUUCCUAGAGAGUGAGACAACAAGGUACGAAAUGUCACCUGAUGAUUUUGAAUUCCUUUGCGGGGAUGUGAUAAGACAGGGAGAAGAUGCUGAGAAGUUGUUAAUACAGUAAGAAAAAAUAUUUCCAUAUUAAUGUUUCCAAUGUGUAUCAAGCUAACUGUGCAGAAUCUGUUGUGGGAUAAUUGUUUCAAUAAUAAAAUUUUAUCCUGCAACAGGCCUUCAAAUGCAUGUACCGGGCACAAUACCGGAUCAUAAUUAUUGCAGUAGUUACACAAUACCGGACUCGCUUCUCAUAGUCAUAACAUUGAAUUUUGCAUUUUUAGAGAUGUCUUACUGUACCUCCUCAAUAUACUGCAAUAGCAUUUCAAGAUACCAUUAAAACUAUACCUUGGCAUGCUGCCACAUGUUGAUAUCAACUAAAAGUGUGCAGGUCAAAUGUUCUUGACUUGUGUCCUUGAUAUCUUACACAGUAAAACUCAAGUUGUACAAGAAGGUUGCAUCAGGCAAAAGUUGUGUAAUGUAAAUCUGCCUUAAUACACAAAACACUCACCAAAUAUCCAGCUAAUAAUAUAUGCAGAUAGCCAAUCUCCACAAUUUUGAAAGGUCUUUCGCCCAUCUUUUUUAUUAUUAUGCAUAUUUUAUUAUAUUAUAAUACGGUAGUAUUACCUUUGCUACAUUAAAAUUGAAAAAGUAACAAUAUUUUACAUGUAAACAAAAAUUCCUUAUAAAAUUCCUUAAAAGGUUUCAAUUUUCCUCAAAGGAAUUUUCAAUAAUUUCUGAAGAUUUCAUUGGGAUGUAAGAAAUUACAUAAAUAGAAAGUGGAAAUUUAACUGUGGCACAAAUCUGUGACUGUGGUCAUACAGGUUUCACAGGAAAAUGUUUCACUCAGUCAAAUUAUGGUGUGAUUAAAACUGUUUUAUGACUAAUUCGGUAAUAUUUGGCUAAUAGAAAAAGCGCACAUGUUUAAUAAGUUAUGAUUAUUUUAAAGGUAUGUUGACUGGCUGGUGACAACUUUUAAUGAGGAAUUGCCAGAUGAAAACUGGAGGAUACCAGACCCUCAUCCAUCUGCUGUUAGCGCUACAACAUUGGAUAAUCGUGACAAUGAUUAUCACAGGUUAGUUAAUACUGUAGAAAGACACACUAGAUGCAGUCCAGCGUAUUGCUUGAAACAGAAAAGAGUGGACCUGCUUGCAGAAUGCAGAUUUGGUUUUCCAAAGCCAUUGCAAGAAGAAACAGAACUGAGCCUUGAGCUGGUGGUAGGUAAGAAUACGAAGUCUGUUGAGUCUGAGUUACAUACCAAACGAAAUGAUCAAAGAUUAAAUUCACAUAACAGGGUGAUGCUCAAAAACUGGCAGGCAAAUGUGGAUUUGCAAGUGAUUGUAGAUGAGAAGGCUUGUGCAAGAUACAUGGCCAAGUAUGCUGCGAAAGGAGAACCCCGAUCGAAAUCGGCGUCAGAAAUACUAAAAUUGUCUGUGUCUUCAUUACAGAAUGAUGACCAAGUCUCUUCGGCCUUCAAGAAAGCAAUGAUCCAAGUUGCUGGAGAUAGAGAUAUGGCAGCACAAGAAACUGCACAUAUGUUACUUAGUCUACCACUGGUUGGCUGCACAUUUAGUUUUGUUACUAUUUCUUUAGAUAACAGCAGGAAGGUUAAUAUUGAUGCAGAAAACGAAAGCGAUGAGGUACUUCAAAAAUCUGUGCUACAAGAAUAUGCAGAACGUACAAAAUUGAAGAGUAUGUAUACAGGCUUGUCUCAGCUAAAUCUGAUGCAAUAUGUGUCACAGUACACGAAAGUCCGAGGUGAGUUGACAAAACGAGCUAAUCCGUACAUUGUCAGGACAUUUCCAAAGAUUUCCGCUAAUCCUGCUGGUCCUGAUUUUGGUAAAUACUGCAAAUAUCAACUAAUAAAGUUCAAACCAUGGGAGGGUCAACCGUCAAAUGCUUGGAACAACAAGGAUGAAAGUGAUCAAAUGUUUAUUAAUGCAUAUGAAUUUUUUCUUAUGACAGAUGAAUUUGCAGAAGAAAAUGUGUUUAGGUAUUCCGAUGAAACAGACAGAGUUCAUGAUGCGCAAUGUGGUCAAACCUUUGAAAACGAUCCAACUGACAAUCAAGAUGAUGACGACGAAAGUGAAGUUGACCCUGAUGAUGAGGAGGAAGUCGAUGAUUGGAUGUUAUUAUGCAGAAUUAACCAAGAUUAUGGGGAAGCAGGUAAUCGGAUGUCAGACAAUGAAGCAGUGGACUGGUUUGAAAUGGUAAGAGCUGUGCCUAGAGAUUUAUUAAAGGAAUUUCAAGGAUGGAUUUAUAGUCAAAGAAAGGAGGCUGAAGAACAUGGUCAGCAUUUUCAAGAAGAUGAUCAACAAUGUGUAAUUGAUCCGGAGACCUUGAAUGAAAAACAACGCCUUGCUUAUGACAUCAUCACAUCUCAGAAUGGUGAUAAUGCCGAGCCUGUUUAUAUGAUUGUGUGUGGAACAGCUGGCACAGGUAAGACAUACUUAAUAAGUGCAACAAAACAAGUAUUAGCCACUCAGUGUGUUGUUACAGCAACUACUGGGAUUGCAGCCUUUAGUAUUAAUGGUCAAACAUUACAUUCUGCUGCUCAACUUCCUAUCUGUGAAUAUAGGGAUUUGCAGGGUGAUUCACUACAGCGGUUACAGCUGAGGCUGGAAGGUAAAAGAUUUCUGAUUAUUGAUGAAAUGUCAAUGAUUGGACAUAAAAUGCUAUCAUGGCUUGACAAUAGAUUACGUGCUGGUACUGGAAAGGAAGAUAUCCCUUUUGGUGGUAUGUCAAUAAUUCUAAUGGGGGAUUUUGGUCAAUUACCACCUGUUGGUGAUAAGCCAAUGUAUGUUUCAGGUAAUCAG